AUGUGGUUUGCAAAUUCUCCUAAUUCAAAGGACUUCGAGCGUCAUAGUGGCGGCGAUGGUUCUGAGAAGAUGGAAACCAAAGCCAGCGUACAGAAAAGCUUAGAAUCCGUGCAACCAAACAAUCCUUCCACAAGUGAAGUUGAUCAACAUGUGAAAUGGAUAGAACCGAUUGAACGGAAACUUGGUAAAUUGACGGAAAAUCCAAGCAGCAACUUAAGCAUUUAUAAGGUUCCAAGCAAGCUUAGAAAACUCAAGGAAAAUGCAUAUAGGCCAUGUAUUGUCUCAAUCGGACCUUUUCACCAUGGCGAGAGUGACCUGCUAGCGAUGGAAGAACGCAAAUGGGGGUACAUGUUAAGCCUACUUUGUCGUACAUCCGACCCAAAAAAGAACUUGGAGGCUGAGGCUGAGGCAUCAUUGGUGGAAAUACUGCUAGUUGAUGGUUGCUUCAUUCUUGAACUUCUUCUGAGGUGCUCAGAUAAGAAAUUCAAGGACAAAGACGAUCCCAUUACAAACAAUGUUUGGAUGGUCCCUGCCAUUCAACGUGAUUUGGCCCUGCUCGAGAACCAAAUUCCAUUUAUUGUUAUUCUCACGUUGUUUGCCACUUUAAAGUCGAAGAGUAAACCUAAUGAUCCACUAGCAUCAGCAUGUUCUUGUUCGCUACCAGAGAUUGCUAUGCUCUUCUUUCAGCUGCCUGAAGACAAUGACGUUUGGGGAUUUAGACAUUAUGCGACAAAACUUUCAGAAGCUGGAAUUGUGUUUGAAAAGGGUACACAAGGUGGUUUGCUCGAUAUAUCAUUCCAUGAAGGCGUAUUGGUGAUUCCGCCUUUUAGCAUUGAUGAAACACCGGAUUUACGCUUGAGGAACCUAAUUGCUUUUGAGCAGUGCAGCUUUCGCACAAGACACCACAUUUCUUCAUAUGUCUUGCUCAUGAGUAGACUCAUCCAAUCGUCCAAUGACAUCAUAUUUCUUCGGGGCAAAGGGAUCAUAACAAAGAUUCCGGGGACUGCUGAAGACGCUUCAACUUUUUUCAGCAGCAUGUGCAAUGGAGUUGUUUUUAGAGACUUCUAUUUCACAGAGUUGUGUGAGAAUGUGAAUGUAUAUGCCAACUCCAGGUGGGAUUGUCAAAGAAUUAAAGCUCUGCUGCUGGUUAAGUGCAGCCGUUACCUGUUGGAACUAUUCCGUGAUUAUUUCUCGAAUCCGUGGAGAGCUGCCUCAGUGUUUGCUGCCGUUGUGCUUCUGGUCCUCACUUUCUUACAGACUAUAUACACAAUGCGUUCUUAG